AUGUCUGAUAAAGCAAGCUGUUCUGGGGCUGAAGUGAGAUCCCUACAUUUAGAGGAUGAUACUGCCAAAAAUGGGGAACAGCAGGAAGAAACGGGUAAUGAAGUAGUUGAUUAUUCAAAUGUGGAGGUGCCAUCUUCCUUACAAUCCCUUUGUCGUUAUGUGGAAACGACACUAAAGCCACAGGGGAAGAUCAUGACCUUCAACAUUGAGAAGGAGGUGUUUGGUGCAGAUCGCAGUACCUUCGUCUUGCAUGAAGAUAUUACACAGUUUGCAGGCAUGGAAGAAAUUGGGGCUACUGUGGUUGCAGUAUAUAUGAGGUGCUUAUAUGAUCGUUUGAGAGAAGCAAAUAUGUGCAGCAUGGUUGGCUUUAUCGACCCUGCUCAAGUUAGUGCCAACGCUGGGUCACUAACUGACAGAUCACGAAUUGUAGCCAGUCGACUUCAGAAAACAGAUGGUGAACAGAUUUUCAUGAUGCCUUACAAUCCAGGCCGUCAUUGGGUCUUGCUGAUUGUGAGAGCAAAGAGGGAAACCAUCUAUUUUCUGGAUCCUCUGCCUGGAAAUCGUGUGGUUGAUGAGGAGGGCAAAAACAUCGUGAACAGUGCUUUAAAAAUUUAUAAUUCCCACAUAGGCAGACCAGGCCGUAAAGCACCAAUUUGGAAAACUCUGCCAGGCACACCAAAGCAACCCAGCAGUGUCGAAUGCGGGUAUUAUGUGAUGCGCUUCAUGAGGGACAUCAUCAUGGAUCCUUCCUUGGAGUUUGAGAAGAAGUUUGCCAAGGGAAAAGAGCAAGCGCCAUACCCCCAAGUAGCCAUUGAUGAAGUCCGGAAAGAAUUGGCAGAGUUUGUUUGCCUUCAUAUGGAAUAG